UUUGGGUGAGAGGAGGAAAGAAGACGUGCUAGGGUUUCAUCCAUCGGAGCAGUGGAUCGAUCGGCGCCGUGACCACCGCGAGAGAGAUUCUUGCUUCGUCCUGCAUUGUAUCGUCGGGGCGAUCGAUCAUGCAUCAGGAGGAGCACCAGGAGCACAAGGAGCACAAGGAGGGCGAUCAUCUUCUCAUCCUCGAGGGCGACGCCAUCACGUAUGUGGCAGUCCCGGACAAGGGAAGGAUCUGCUUUGUGGAUCACCACACGGGGACCUGGGCGCCUCUCCCCGAGUCCGAGCGCUGCUGCCUCAAGGAGAGCCAACACGUCCACGCUCAUGUCCAUCACGGGGACACCACCGAGGAUGUUCUGCUCGAGCAGUGCGUGGAGGAGGCAUGCUGGGCUCUCCCCAUGUCUUGGAACGAGCUCACUUCAUCGCACAGGGACGAGCACAAGCACGACGACGACUGUGGCCACAACCAGAUCCCUCACGGUGAUCACUACGACUUCCUGGUGCCCAAGCAGGAUGGAUCCUACGCGCUCGUCCGAGAUGCCGGGGAUUCCCAGUACGAGCACGGCCGCCUAGUCAAGGUGGGAGAGUCGCUGGGAAAGCUCAAGCGGCGGCCGAAGCAGCAGCUGAUGGAUAUCUUCAGCUACCAGACCACCGACGGCAAAGGUUACGAGAUUCUGGCCGAGGAGGACGAUGCGGUGGUACACUCGCCCAGGCUUGCCGAGAACAUCCUAAGCAUUCCAGAGAACUUCCAGCAAGUUACGCGGACUGUGUUGAGCGUGAUGGGUCUUUGCUGCCCCUCGGAGGUUCCUCUUGUCAGGAAGAUCUUGGAGCCUUUACCCGGUGUCAAGGAGGUCUCGGUGAACUACACGGCGCGCAGUGUGACAGUUGUUCACGACAAGCUCUUGACACCUGAAGGACGUCUAGUCAAAGCACUCAACGAAGCCAGGCUAGACGCAAGUUUACAUCGUCGUGGAGAGCUGAAGAAGGCUAACAAGUGGCCCAGUCCGUGGACCAUUUGCUGCGGUAUUCUACUGCUUGUAUCCUUUUUCAAACACUUCUGGAACCCUUUGAAAUGGAUGGCUAUCGGAGCCGUGGCUGUUGGUAUACCGCCGAUUCUUAUGCGGAGCAUAGCAUCUCUAAGACGCUGGAUUCUAGACAUUAACAUUCUUAUGCUCAUAGCAGUCGGCGGCGCUAUUGCUCUAGCUGACUACAUUGAAGCGGGAUCGAUCGUAUUUCUGUUUACUCUAGCUGAGUGGCUGGAAGGACGAUCGAGCGAGCAGGCGCGUUCCGCACUGGCGUCCGGUCUGGAUGUCCCUCGGAACGCCAUCCUUGCCGAAACCGGAGUGAUGGUCUCCGUUGACGAAGUGAAACUUGGAUCAUCAAUUGCUGUCAAAGCUGGGGAGAUGAUUCCCGUAGACGGGACUAUCCUGUCGGGAGGGUGCUCUUUGGAUGAAAGCAGCUUGACUGGUGAAUCAAAACCUGUCGAGAAGACUUGCGGAAGCGAGGUUUGGGCUGGAACAGUGAAUUUGGCUGGCUACAUCACCGUGCAAACCACUGCACUUGCUGAAGACUCGGCUGUCUCAAGAAUGAUCAAACUCGUGGAGGAAGCUCAAGCAAAACGAUCUCACUUCGAGCAGCUUGUGGAGAAGUUUGCAAAAUUCUACACUCCUGUUUUGGUGGCGACAGCUCUUGGUCUGGCACUCAUUCCGUUGAUAGCGCACGUUCGCAAUGAGAAGCACUGGCUGUACUUAGCUCUCGUUCUGCUCGUUGUGGCUUGCCCGUGUGCUUUAGUCCUUUCGACGCCCGUGGCAGUCGCCUGCGGAAUACAACACGCAGCAAGACUUGGAGUAGUGAUCAAGGGUGGAAGCUACCUUGAAAUCCUGGCCAAGAUCAAAUGCUUAGCUAUGGACAAGACGGGAACACUGACAGAGGGACACUUCCGCGUUUCCGAAGUUGUGGCUGUUGGUGAAACCGAAGAUCUGCAACAGAUCUUGUAUUGGUUGGCGAGUGUUGAAAGUAGAUCGAGCCAUCCAAUGGCCGCUGCACUCGUCACGUACGCUAGCUUACAAGAUGUUGUUCCAUCGAAGUCCGUUACAGACUUUCAGAUCAUUGAAGGCGAAGGUGUGUCCGCCGUUGUGGAUGGGCACUUGAUAGAGAUUGGUAACGCGCGAUUAGCAUCUCGCCUUGGCUGGAGCAAUACAGCCAUUACGAAGCUAGCGACUCAAACAGCAACCAUGGGCUGGGUUGGAAAGGAUCACCAGCUCCUGGCAGUUUUCAGCCUCGAGGAUCACGUACGGGAGGAAGCGGCAGAAGCAGUGCGGAGUCUAAAGCGUCUGAACGUCCAGAUUCAUAUGUUAACUGGGGAUAACAAUGAGACGGCCCAGGACGUCCAGAGCAAAUUGGGAGGAGUCACUGUGCACGCCGGUCUUCUCCCUCAGGACAAAGUCAGAAUCAUCCAAGAGCUGAAAGAAAACGCCGGUGUGACGGGAAUGAUAGGGGAUGGGAUAAACGAUGCCCCGGCUUUAGCAGCAGCGGACGUAGGAUUCGCCAUGGGUCUAGCCGGAUCAGCAGUGGCAAUGGAGACAUCGGACGUUUUCCUGAUGACCGACGAUCUCCGGAAGCUGGGCUUGGUGGUGAGCCUGGGAAGGAGAGUCCGCACCAAAGUUAUACAGAACGUUGUCAUCUCGGUGGGCCUCAAAGCCGCAAUGCUGGCACUCUCGUUCGCUGGCUAUGGCUACCUGUGGAUGGCUGUCCUGGUAGACGUCGGGGCGUGCUUGCUGGUGAUCUCAAACAGCACGCUCUUGCUCCGUGGAACAGGGAAGACGAGAUCGUCGGGCAACCACCAUCGCCAUGGAAAGAAUUGCAAGGAUCACGACCACGAUCAGCACAGUAGUAAACAGUGCUCCAAGGACGACGAUCACGCUGAAAGAACACAGUGCUCAGAUCACGAGCAUGCCGCUGAAAAGCACCAGCUCCAUCGCCACCAUAGCCAUGACCAUACCCAGCAGGAUCAAACGCACUCGCACUGCAAGAAGAACGCUUGUGGCAAAGGCCAAUCGUGCUGCAGCGUGCCAAAGAUAUAAACAAAGUCUCCAACUCUUGCUUACUCAGGACUUCCUUCUCCAGGCUUAUGACGUUGACACAUACAUAAAUGGCCACGACCAUUGUCUGUU